AAAACCAAACCACGGGAUCGAUCUCUCUCUCAUAUGCAAACAUCUGAUCCCCCACACACACUAUAAGAAGCUUCUGCUUCGAGACCUGAAUGUUGAGUUAGGACACUCCGAAGAGACAACAAAGAUUAUUAGCGAAAGAAAUAAGAGAGAGAGAGAGAGAGAGAGAGAGAGAGGGCGAGAGAUAUGGAGGUUAUGCAGAAAAAGAGCAUAAGUGAGUGUAGUGGAGAGAGGACUAAGGAGGAUGAAGAUGGAGGCGGGACGGCUCUUCCGGGGUUCCGGUUUCACCCGACGGACGAAGAGCUCGUCGCGUUUUACCUCAAGAGGAAAGUGGAGAAGAAGCCUCUCAGCAUCGAGCUCAUCAAGCACGUCGAUAUCUACAAGUACGACCCUUGGGAUCUUCCAAAAGUAAGCACCGUUGGGGAGAAAGAAUGGUACUUCUUCUGCAUGAGAGGGAGAAAGUACAGGAACAGCAUAAGGCCCAACCGAGUCACGGGGUCCGGGUUUUGGAAAGCGACCGGCAUCGACAAGCCGAUACACGCGGCCAAAGAGCCCCACGACUGCAUCGGCCUCAAGAAGUCCUUGGUCUACUACAUCGGAAGUGCCGGGAAAGGCACGAAGACCGACUGGAUGAUGCACGAGUUCCGGCUCCCACUGUCGGGGAAAGCCGCCCAUGAUAGUCUCUCCUCCGCCAAGAACAUUGCUCAAGAAGCCGAGGUCUGGACACUAUGCAGGAUUUUCAAGAGAAUCCCAUCACACAGAAAGUACACGCCGAACUUGCAAGAGCACAACACCACCCUCAAGCAGAACCCAACUGACUCAAGCUCUAAAACAAACAGCUUCGAAUCUGAAUCUGCUGAGCAGUGCGUGAGCUUCGGGGAUUCGGCUGUCGUCACCCACAAUGAGACGAAGCCGGUCAUCAUGGACCGUUUCGAUGACCGGAACUACCUGCUCUUCACUCAAUUGAACUCGAUAUCUCAGGCGCCGUUUGCAGCGCCGGCCUACUCCGGAUUCUGGAAUCUGAAUGGAGAGGAUCUUCUCAUGCACGGUAACUGCUGGGAUGAGCUAAGGUCAGUAGUCGAGCGAGUCGCCAUCGACCCUUGCCAAGCUUUCGAAUGGAGAUAAAUGCCGAAACUAACGUUUCUUGGUCGAUCGAGCUCGUAGGCCCUUCUCUCAGAUAAAGGGGCAUCAUGUAAAUGUCAGAAUCCGCUAAAUAAACACUGCUUGUUUUCCAUAACAGUAAAGCCAUCCGUUACGCAGCCUUGAUGUGGUUUCCGCCAAAUCAUGUUGUAUCGGGAUAAAUAGGCAUACACUAUGUAAAGGGUCUAACUUCCUCACAACAUACAGCCUCGAUUAAUACUAUUAAUGGCUCUUUAGUGUUACUUUCUCAA